AGUGGUUAAAGCACUUUAAUAAGCACACAAAGGCGCGCACUGUUGGCAGCUAUUAGCUGCUUAUUCUGGACGGCCAUAAGAGCCACAACUUAGUCGAAUUCCACCAGUACUGCAAGGAACACAAGAUUAUUACCCUGUGUAUGCCUCCACACUUGUCGCACCUACUACAGCUACUUAACGUAGGCUGUUUUUCUCUGUUGAAGAAGGCCUAUGGCCGCCAAGCUGAGCGGCUAAUGCGCAGCAAGAUUACGCGUAUCACUAAACUUGAGUUCUUGCUGUGCUUCAAAGCAGCUUUUGACGCCUUAAUUAUAGAGAGUAACAUCUAGGGAGGAUUUAGAGGUGCUGGCCUAGUCCUACUUAACCUAGAGGCUGUGCUAUUAAAGCUUAAAGUAUGGCUGUAUAUGCCAACGCCACCUACUGUAGACAAUAGAUUUAGAGACAUGCUAAUAGCUUGCUAAUGUCUAUAGUUAAUGCUCUUAAUUAGCUUACUAAAGGCGUAGAGCUAAUAGCGCAUUCACUAGUUUUAGUGCGCAACUAGGUUGCUGACCUACAGGCAGCUAACUACUCUAAAGGAGUUUAAGGCCCUUAGUGAUAGGAAGAAGGCAAAGAAGAGGUCACGCGUUGAUAGGAGCACUUAGUCUUUAAGGCGCUGUAGCAUAUGUGGCAAGACAGGGC